AUGCUUCCGCUGCAUCAAGCAGUUUCCAAACUAGGAGUACCACUGGCCAAGACCAUGAUCAAGGCACAUAUACUGACUGGAGAUGACUACAUGAGCAAGGUGGGGACCAAACAUGCAGCAUUGGCCUCUGACCCAGUGCAGUAUCUGACCAACUUUGGGGAGGCGGACACCUUGUCAGAGCAGGACACAGAACUAGCCGAGAAGUACAUAGUACGAGUUUGGGCAGGGGCCAGGUCAAGUACGGCUGCUGAGACGUUUGAUGACCUCAGGGUAGAGAUCUAUACUAGUGCCACUGCUGGGAUUGACGCUCUCCCUCCUACAGCUAGUGUUAUCGGAGGCCAUAUCCAACGAGGUGCCUUUCUGGUGCACAGGGCAUGCAAACUGCUUACAACAGCCAAAGAACGCGGAGAAAGAGAAGAACCUCUGGAACAUGGAUGGGAGGAGGACUUUGGCACACUCCUGCCAUCAAAAUUGUCUUCCUCUCCUCCCUCAUCUUGUGAAUUACGUAGAACUUUUCAUCUUAAUGAAAUGCACAAGCCUGGUGAUGUGAUUCUGGGUGGGCUGUUUGAGGUCCACUUCACCUCUGUCUUCCCUGAGCGAACAUUCACCUCAGAGCCACAAGAGCCCAGCUGCAAAGGCUUUGACACUCUAGGGUUCAGGCAUGCCAUGACCAUGGCCUUUGCUAUUCAUGAGAUCAACAACAACUCCAAUCUGCUUCCAAAUGUGACUCUGGGAUAUAGUCUUUAUGAUAACUGUGGUGCACUCGUUAUUGGAUUCAGUGGUGCUUUGUCACUGGCAAGUGGUCGAGAGGAACAGUUUCUGCUUAAAGAGAACUGUUUAGGAGCCCCUCCAGUCCUGGGGAUUGUGGGUGAUUCCUUCUCAACAUCUUCUAUUGCCAUCUCCAAUGUAUUAGGUUUAUACAGAAUGCCCAUUGUGAGUUAUUUUUCCACAUGCUCCUGCCUGAGUGAUCGGCAACAGUUUCCAUCCUUUUUUAGAACAAUCCCAAGUGAUGCUUUCCAGGUGCGUGCUAUGAUUCAGAUUUUAAAACACUUCGGCUGGACUUGGGUUGGCCUUCUGGUCAGUGAUGAUGAUUAUGGACUCCAUGUUGCCCGAUCCUUUCAAUCUGAUCUUGCUCAGUCUGGUGGAGGUUGUCUGGCCUACUUAGAGGUUUUGCCCUGGGAUGGUGAUACGAGUGAACUCAGGAGGAUUGUACAUUUGAUGAAGACAUCAACGGCUCGUGUGGUCAUGGUGUUUGGACAUGAGUUUAACAUGCUUCAUCUAAUGGAAGAGGUGGCUAGGCAGAACGUGACAGGCCAGCAGUGGAUAGCAAGUGAAGCCUGGACAGCAUCUGCUGCGCUCCAGAUGCCCCGCUUCAUGACAUACUUGAGUGGCACACUGGGUAUUGCAAUCCGUCGAGGAGACAUACCUGGGCUCAGGGAAUUCCUCUUGCAAAUACGUCCUGACCAAAAUGAUGAUAUCUAUGAAAAUAAGAUAGUGAGAGUGAGACAGUUUUGGGAACACACUUUUCAGUGUAAAUUUGAUCCAGCAGCUGAAGCUGGGGGGGCACCAUGCACUGGACAGGAAGAUCUAGAGAAUGUGGAGACUGAGAUUUUAGAUCUUUCUAACCUCAGGCCUGAGUACAAUAUUUACAAAGCUGUGUAUGCUCUGGCCUAUGCUCUUGAUGAUAUGCUGCACUGUGUGCCUGGGAGAGGGCCUUUCAGUGGGCACAGCUGUGCUGCUUUGCAAACACUGGAGCCAUGGCAGCUUGUACAUUAUUUGCAAAAGGUCAACUUCACCACAGCAUUUGGUGAUGAAGUGUCAUUUGAUGAGAAUGGUGAUGCUUUACCAAUAUAUGAUAUCAUGAACUGGCUGUGGCUCCCUGAUGGACGAACUAAAGUUCAGAAUGUUGGUGAGGUUAAGAGAUUGGCCUUCAAGGGUGAAGAACUCACAAUCAAUGAAGACAAAAUUUUCUGGAACUUUGAAUCUAGAGAGCCACCCCGCUCAGUGUGCAGUGACAGCUGUCCUCCAGGUACUCGCAUGGCCAGAAAGAAGGGGGAACCUGAGUGCUGUUUUGACUGCAUCCCUUGUUCUGAGGGAAAAAUCAGCAAUAUGACUGACUCCAUGGAGUGCACCAGCUGUCCAGAGGAUUUCUGGUCCAGCCCUCAACGUGACCACUGUGUUCCUAAGGAAACUGAGUUUCUCUCCUACCAUGAGCCUCUUGGUAUCUGCUUGACGACCACCUCAUUGCUGGGCACAUUUAUAUGUACGGUUGUCCUGGUAGUCUUCACCUAUCACCGCAGUACACCUAUGGUACGCGCCAACAAUUCAGAACUGAGUUUCCUGCUUUUGGUGUCACUAAAAUUAUGUUUCCUGUGUUCUCUACUGUUUAUUGGACGUCCCAGGCUGUGGACAUGCCAACUGAGACAUGCAGAAUUUGGGAUCAGCUUUGUGCUUUGUGUAUCAUGUAUCCUGGUGAAAACCAUGGUGGUUCUGGCUGUGUUCAAGGCCUCCAAGCCAGGAGGUGGAGCCUAUCUCAAGUGGUUUGGUGCUGUGCAGCAAAGAGGAACAGUUUUAGCUCUGACCUGCAUUCAGGCAGCAAUCUGCACUGCUUGGCUUGUCUCUGCGUCACCAGUACCUCAUAAAAAUGCUCAAUAUCACAAUGACAAGAUUGUUUAUGAGUGUCUGGUUGGCUCCACAGUUGGUUUUGGAGUGUUACUGGGCUAUAUUGGCUUACUGGCAAUCCUCAGCUUCAUGUUAGCCUUCUUGGCAAGAAAUCUUCCAGAUAACUUAAAUGAGGCCAAACUCAUCACUUUCAGCAUGCUGAUCUUCUGUGCAGUGUGGGUGGCCUUUGUCCCUGCUUAUGUCAACUCUCCAGGCAAAUAUGCAGAUGCAGUGGAGGUAUUUGCCAUCCUGGCCUCCAGUUUUGGUCUCUUGGUGGCACUGUUUGGACCCAAAUGUUACAUAAUCCUGCUCAGACCAGAGAGAAAUACAAAGAAAGCAAUCAUGGGUCGUGGAACCACUUAG